AUGCUCGCGCGCUUGAACACGAGCGCGACGUCGACGUCGACGACUUUGAUCGCGUCUCGACGUCGCUCCGCGACGAAGGCGACGACGACGGAGCGAUCGACCGCGAAGCGCUCGUUCGAAGCAUACCGGGCGAUCGCGCCUCUUGAGCGCUCGAACGUGGGUCCGCGCGCGCGAAGGGCCAUCGCGCGAGCGGGGAGGCGGCAACCGCAGGAAGGCGAUAGGGUCGGCGAUCGCGAGGACCCCGAUCUCUACAUCGGAACAUACAGUACCUUUUGGAGCGAUCCCAAGCAGCUCCAGGGCGUGGCCAUCUUUUGCGCGUUUUUGCUCUCUUUCUUCUCGCUGGGCAACGUCGGUGCGGCGCUGAUUCUCCCCAUUCUGUACGGGACGGAUCAAGGUCUCGGAGACUUUUGCAUUCAGUCGCUGUUGUUCGGAUACUAUUGCAAUUGA